AUUAUUUUCUCUUCUUUUCUAAGUACAACAUAUAUUGCUUUUAAAAGUAUUUUUAUUAUUAAUAGCGGAGCAGAUGAGAUAUGUUGUUCUGUAGUCUAUGGGCAUUCGCCUGAAUACAACUAGAAAGUGAAAGUAAGCCGGAUAGUACCGACCUGCAUAGUCUACUGCGUUUUCCCUUUCCAUACACCUGAAUAAAAUCCAGUACACUUCACCAUGUCCCUGCAACAUUCUCUCGAGCGACACAGUAGAAAGCUACUGCACCUAUACAAAGAUGAAACAAACUCAAAUGUGGACGUAUAUUUUUGUGAUAUUCUUAACUCUGCAGAGUCAGUGCUCCGCUUGCAGAUGGCUCGGCCGAUAUGGGACGGUGAGCGCCGAGUCUCUGAAACUGCUUAGGGAAAUGGGUGGACCAUAUCCUGAGAGUAUCAAGGUGCAUUUUCCGGGGGCCCUGUACAACUUGAUAGACAAAGCUGAGGUGGAAGACCAGGUGAAGUUUCUUGUCUCGACCUUAGAUCAUAUCAUCAGUCUCACGGAUGCCUCAGAGCACAUGAAUUCAGUGCAAUGGAGCCCAAAGACAGUGGAAUAUUUCCUAAAAGAUCUGCACAGGCAGUCAUCUGAGCUUAAAGAAUGCGUGGCCCAAUACCAAAAGCCGUCGCAAAAGGAGUCUUACGAGAUAAGGAUAAAAAGGCACUUCAGGACUUUAAAGAAGAUUUUAAAGAAAGAAAAAUAUAGUGCUCAAGCAUGGGGGCAGAUCUGGAGAGCUGUGAGAACCCACCUUCAGAGGAUGGACAUCAUCGCAGAGAACGCAAAAAAAAAGUUUCUGCAAAGAGUUUAAGAGACAAUGACAGAAAAAGUCCUAAUGACAGAAAAAAUGUCUGACUUGUGACACAUUCCAUAGAAAAAAAAAAAACUGCCUUACAAACAAGAACUGAAAAAAAAGAAUGCUAUAAAUGUAUUUGUGUAUUCGCAUGUUUGUAUUUAUUUGCAAUGAAUGUAGCCUAGUCGCUUUAUAUUGACCAAUGGGUAGUGCUUUAAUACAGAGUUUACCUUAUGUGUUUCCUAUGAAAACUUGAAGUUAUCAGAUCAAACAAGCUAAUGAUGUUUCUUACAAAAACCUGUGAAAACAUUUCUAUUUGGUUUAGGUGAGAAUAAGCCUCUUUGCCUAAACUAUACUCAGAUAUUUUGCUAACAAUAUGAAAAAAACAUGCUAUGCAUUUCAGAUCAUAUGUAUUAAUUGUCAGUCGGCCAUGUUGUGUUGCACAUGCAUGUUCGGUAUGUUUCAUAAUUGUUUAAAGUAUAUCGAAAUCUAUUUAUAUAUCUUUGUGCACAAUUUUUAUA